UUGCGAUUCGCUGUUUAGUCUAACACUACGGGUGGAGACUUGAACAGCUGUAACGGCCGGUCGGAAGGCGGCUGGUUUGGUACGUUAGACUGUAAAUGUUAAAUCAGAAGUGGUGAAAAACUGAGAAGUACAGUUGAAGAUAAUAUAAUGUCCAACCCUGUGAGAUGCCAGGAUGUUCGGGAGCAAAAUGAAAAUGACUCAAAUACAGUUUAUAAUGGAUUUCGUCCUGAUACGGAGUGGCAAACCCCUGUUAUGUCUGACAAACCGAAGAAUCGAUGCAGCAGAAGGCAGAAUGUUGAAGACAGUGGGGAUACAGUAGUGGGCACAUCCUGCUCAAACAGUAGUGAGGACUUGUGUGGAUCUAGCGGCAGUACAUUUCAGCCCAUAAAGACCCAAGUCAUUAUUCCUACAGCCCAUGUUUUACCUUCAACUAUGAACACCCAUCUACAGAUGCAAACUGUUAGUGAAACAUGCCAUGGAUCUGCUUCACUUUCCUGUGAAAUCAAGGACUUUUCUGCUGUGUCUGCAGUACCUGAGAUGCACCCAUCAGCCUCCAAUUCCAAGAAUACUGGAAAUGAAAAUACAUGUAAUGUCAGAACAUUGCCUGAGCUUCAUAAUUUUUGUAGAACUGGAAAUUACCUUGACUAUUCCUUAUUUAGAACUGCAGAUCAGUCAAAACUAGAUGACUUUAAAAAAUUUGAUACUCCUACCAUAGAGCCCACUCUUAACCAGUCUGCUCUGUUGGAAACUAUUUACAGUGAUCCUUCAUACAGAAUGCAUCUUUGUCGUGAGGACGUGCCUUUAGAAAUGAAGGAAAACUGUAAUACGUUUAAUCAAACCUACAAGGUACUGCCAGAAACAAAACCGAUUCACACUGCUGGUAAGAGUAGUGGGCAACAGAUGGGGUUCCAGCCCACUGCAUGCAAUGCUAUGCAGUUAGGAAUUCAGCCAUGUGGUGCCUUGUCUACAUCCCCUACACACCAGUCUGCAACAUGGCUUCAAGAUAAGGUUCUUGUUAAACCUGAAGUGCGACAACCAGACAUUGGCACAUGGCAGCAACAGCAGGACAUUGACACUAUCCGACAUCAGAUGAAACAACUGCAGAUGUUUUAUGGAGUCCAUACUCCAGCUCCUGUUUAUCCCAGUCUCCUACAUCAAGAUUCCUACAAAUGGGAGUUUCUUAAAGAGAAAGAAAGAGUCAUUGAGAGGCAAACUCAACAGAUCAGUAACUUGGAACGCAAGCUGUGGGAGAGAGAUCUACAGGUCCACAGUGCCCUAAGUGGGCCUGCUAAUCCAUAUGGUGACAUUGUUUUGUUAAAACUGCAGGAGUCACAGCGGGAGGCCAUGUUUUUGCGAGCUCAGUUUGCUGAUCUUAGGGAUUCAUUCUCCAAAGAGAAGAAGGAACUAGAUAGAAAGCUCGGUGAUGCUGAGCUGGAAGUCCAGCAGUUGAAGAGCAGUAUAAAAGACAUGACAGAAAAGCACAGCGAAGAGCUAAAGAAACAGGAAGAAAGGGUAAAAGGAAGGGAAAAGUACAUAAGCAGUCUUAAGAAGAAAAUGCAAAAAGAACUUGACCAGAAUCGGGAGAAACAACAGAGAAUUGAAACCCUAGAACGCUAUCUGGCUGACUUACCAACGCUGGAAGACUAUCAGAAGCAGACUGAGCAAGUGAAGGAGUUAGAGAUGCAGAAGGUUCGGCUGCAGGAAAGAGUGGGAGAACUAGAAGGAAACUUAGCAGAUGCACAGUCUCUCUGUCAGAAGACAUUCAGUCAGCUCGAAACUCAGAAGCGCAAGGAACGUGAACUCACUUCUGCAAUGCACAGUCUACAGGAGAAAAUUAACCGCACUUUUACAGAUGGAGCUACAGAUACUGCAGCAGAAAUGGAAAAACUCAGAAGUGAAAAGUGUUCUCUUAAAGAAGAGUGUGACCGUACAAAAAAAGUAGUGGAGAAACAGCAGAAGAGAAUGGAAUUUCUUCUAUCUCAAGUGAGGUCUCAUGAACAGAGGAUAGUCCAAGAAGAGGGAGCCAUGCAGGCUUUGAGGGAAGAGGUCCUUGAGAAGGAGAAAGGAUUGCAGCAGCUUCGAACUGCUGUAAAAGAGCUGUCUGUUCAGAACCAGGAUUUAAUGGAAAAAAACUUGACACUGCAGGAGCAACUUACACAGUCUUGUCAAAGGAUGUCAUUGAGUAGAGAGACUUUCCAACUCACACAGAAGCUUCACACUGAAAUGUUCACUUGUUUGCGCCAUUUGCAAUCCGUCUGCAAAAUUUUGAUGCAAAGAACUCAAGGCAAGGACCCCAAUCUCUCUCUCCUUCUGGGAAUGCAAUCUAUGCAGAGCUCCACUGAGGAUGAUGGCAACUGGCAAAGCCCUGAAUUACUCAAAAAGAAACUUUCAGAAGUACAGCAGUUACAUACAGACAUUGAGGAGCUUCGCACAACCAUUUCUGACCAUUAUGCACAAGAUGUUGGAGAGAACUGUAUUACGCAGUAAAAGGACUGGGAAAACUGGCAAUUUUUUGUUUUGUCAAGAAAAUUAAAAAAAUAAAGAUUUUUAUCCAGCACAAGUCUGAGGUGGUCAACGUUUAGAAAAGAUGUUUUUAAAAGUGGUGACUUUUAAGUGCAUUCACUGUCUUGAGCGUUAACAGCUGCGGAUCGGUUUGAAGUUAGUAGUACUUGUACUAGUUUUGAUAUUUUGACACUGCUACUAGUGACUGGCGCAGUGAGCUUGUCAUAUCAAAUCCUUUUGUAAAGGAAACUGAAUUUAAAAAACUAUUGGACUGAAAUUUGAUUAUAUAAAGUUCCCUUAUGCAGCAUUUUGGUAGAGAGCUGAGAUGCAUCUGUUUAGCACUGCAAUAAAAGUGUUUGCUUUUGCAUUAUUGAUGUACAGUAUUCAUAAAUACAGAUGAUCAUAUUCAGGGAAGAAACAUUAGAUUUUGACCAUAGGAUGCCUUAAAGACUUCAACAGUUUUACAAUUUUCACAAGGAGCGUGUGUAUACUAAAAUAUUCGUUCAGUUUUUUCAUUUUGCUAAUUAUUUCUGCAGCAGAUGAGACCCCAAAUCAUUACUGUGUGGUUUGGUAAUCUAAAGAGAGCCUAGAGUAUUUGCUCUAGGUUUAUUAGAACUGCUUUUGCUGAAUUUUACAAAUUUAAUAAUGUACUCGUAUGUUUUGUGCUUUAUAAUUUAGGUGCAUACAGCCUUUCAUUAAAAUGUGCCUAGAUUUGUUGUUCGUUUGUCCUCUCCAUUUCCCAGAUGGCAAUUAAAGCCCUGCAUUUCUUUGUCUCAGUCA